AUGGAACAUUUUGGUUUGUCGCACAUAUUAUGCGAGCCAGAUAAAUAUAGUCCAGAUACUUUGGACUUAUUAGUAGAUGACGAAGCAAGAGAAUAUUGGUUAAAUACAUGUGAAAAACUUGUAGACAAGUAUGUCAAUUUUGCGUUAACUCGGAAAGAUGAUCCCACUAUUGAAAUACGCGCACUCAAGUUUAAAACAUGUUAUGUGGAGGCAUUAAAAGAAAUAAGAGUAAAUCCACUAGCUCACGGAUACUUAACUAUACGCUUAUUACUUGAUAUUAAUGAAACUUGUCUUCGAGCUCAAGGCUUUUUUGAUUUAUGGAAACAACAGAAAAAGUAUGAAAAUGAUGCUGCUCUAGCUCAGCUUGCAUCAAGACUGGCAGAAAUAGAUGCCAUACUAGAUGAUAAACAGAAAUGGAUUGCGUUAUGUAGUGGAGUGCUAGCAGGUAAUAUGUUUGAUUGGGGGGCCCAAGCUGUAACAUCAAUAUUAGAUAGUGGACUAUAUGAAGCACUGCAAAAGAUUCAAAAGCGUCCCUGGCUGUGUGAUGGAUUUGACCAAUGGCUGAAUAAAUUACAGAAUACAGUUCAUCACUGUGCUGCUGUUUUUGUAGAUAACAGUGGUGUUGAUGUUGUAUUAGGAAUUUUACCAUUUGUCAGAGGGCUCUUGCUACGAGGAACAUCAGUUAUACUAUGUGCAAAUGAAUGGCCUGCUUUGAAUGAUAUUACAAAUUCAGAGCUGGAGAGUGUACUUCAGAGUGCAUCCCUAAUAUGUCCAAUUAUCGCUGCAGCCAGUGCAUCUGGUAAUCUAGUUGUAAGAUCCAAUGGCCAAAGGGGACCAUGUCUCGAUUUAAGAACAAUUACUUUAGAUCUUGCCACUGAGAUGAAAAUGAGAGGAGUAGAUUUAAUUAUAUUAGAAGGAAUGGGGAGAGCUCUACAUACAAAUCUGAAUGCUUGUCUAGCAGUAGACUCAUUAAAAUUAGCGGUCGUAAAAAAUGUAUGGCUUGCAGAACGGCUUGGUGGACCCCUUUUUUCUGUUAUUUUUAAAUAUGAAGAUAAACCUACACAUACAAUGCCAUAA